AUGAUUGAUAGUCCCCAUCAAAAAGCGCCAAGGUUGGUAAUUCUGGGAAAUGCGGGCGCGCCGAGUUACGUGGUGAGCGUGGAGCGAGUGCGGGCGGUGCGCUGCCGUGUUUACCUCGGCGGCGCGUCGGGCGGCCCGCGCUACCAGUCGACUCUCGCACACGACGGAGGAACUACGCCGCUCGGCCCUCAUCCUCGAACUUUCACCUCUCGCGAUAACUUUAUCUGUGAUAAAUACACCGGCAUCGAG